CCAUCUUCUUCUUCUCCAAAUCCACAAACAGACAAACUCCAAGAUGCGACCUCUCAAACUCUCCGAUCCCGAUUAGAAAACCCCCCCUCCCGAUUCAACUCCUACACCAUGCCCGAUUCCACAGCCUCCGACCACCACCACCACCGCCGCCGCCGCCUUACAAAAAUCCCGUCGGAGACGGAGCAAGCAUGGCACAUCCUGUCUAUUCUAUUGACUCUCCGCCGCCCCGCAGCUCCGGCAGAGCUGGCGUCGCAGUGCCGGUUGUUCGCCGCGACGCCGGAGCUCGUCCUCUGCCUCUGCUCGAUCCCUAACUCUCCGAUCUGCUCGUCGUCGUCGGAGGAAGGAGAAGGACUGGUCACGGUGGCCGUUGCGGCGGUUUCUGCUCUAGAAGAGUUUGCGCCCGAGUGUAGAAUGGUUAUGGAACUAUUCCUGUUGAGGAAAUUCUAUCCGGGAACCGAGGUCAGGAAGAGGAAGGCGGCGGAUAUGGAGUCUGAGGUGCGGGUGGCGAAGAGGCGGUUGCGGUUUCCGAACGAGGAUGCAGGUGAAGCAGAUGAAAUGGUAGGAACUCUCCACGAUUUGAUUGAGGGAAAUUCGAGUAAUGAGAGAGCCUUGAGCCCUUUACCUCUUGACUGCAAUGCUGAGGCUUCAAGUCUUCAGAUGGUACUUUAUGAACACAAGGAAGGAGGUGAUGGUGGUGUUUGGCCGAGUGCUUUGAUGCGUGUGGAAAGCCCUGGAUUGGUAUGUGGAUACGAUGUACUCAAUGAUCAGCUCAAAAAUGAAGCUGGUUUAUGCAAUCAGCAGCCACUUCAAGUAGUUCGAGGUGAGGGAUGCUCCUUUGAUUUGAAUUUACCUCCAAGUUCAAAUUGGGAUACUUUGGCUGGUAACGAGAGAUUAAAGCAUGACAACGAUUUUACUGGCUCAUUUUUCUUACAAGAAGUUCAAUGCAACAUAGGUGUUUCCAUUCAUGAUACUCAUUUUGUUGAAGGUUCAGUAUAUCAAUCAGAGGACAAUCCAGAACCUCUGGUUAAAAUUUCUGUGAUGGAGGAUUUUGUUGAAUUAAGAGCAGAAGGUGAUGGUGAAAAGAUUGUUCUGCCAGAGAAAGUGGAUGCAUUUGGUGAAUUGCCAACACGUUGCUUGGACUUUGACAGUACAGUGAAUGUUGUAGCCUUGGAGAAAGACCAAAAUAUGAAAAAUGCAGAGACUAAGCACUGUCUAUCAGCUCGAUACUUUUCUACUAAGAAGCAGCUUGGAAACUCUUCUGGAAAAUUGAAGAGCAUGUACACGAAAUCGGCUUCACAAGAACAUGUUCGUGUGGAGUCAUUAGAAGUGAAUGAUGUUCUGAACACUCCAGAACAGCAGAGUCAAUGUAAAAGUGGUCAGAGAUCUGUGUCUGUAGAGCAUAAGUUGAAGAAAGACACAAAUAGCAUACCUCCAAAUGAAAAAAAGGUGGAUACUACCUCUAUAUCUCCUAAGUUGGAGAGAAUGAACUUACCUCACUUUGAGAAUUUUAUCAUAGAGGAAGAAGAAGGUUCAGGUGGGUAUGGAAUUGUAUAUAGGGCCCAGAGGAAGAAUGAUGGGAAAAGGUUUGCAAUAAAAUGUCCCCAUGUUACAGCUCAUAAGCAACAUGUUGAAAAUGAGCGGAAAAUGCUUGAGCGUUUUGGGGGUAAGAACUUCAUUAUAAAGUACGAAGGUUCUUUCAGAAGUGGUGACAGUGAAUGCUUUAUUUUGGAACAUGUUGAACAUGAUAGACCUGAGGUCUUGAAGAAAAAGAUUGAUCUAUUUGAGCUCCGAUGGUAUGGCUAUUGCUUGUUUAGAGCACUAGCAUGCUUGCAUAAGCAGGGUGUGGUGCACAGAGAUGUUAAGCCUGGAAACUUCCUCUUCUCUAAGAGGCUAAGUAAAGGAUACCUGAUUGAUUUCAACCUUGCCAUGGAUUUACAGCAGAAAUAUGCAACUAGAAAUAGCUUAAAAUCAAAUCGUCAUGUGUCAUUUGGUCAUGUGCCUCUCCCUCAAGGUAAAUCUGUUCCACCUAGCAGAGAAAAGAAGUUUGUGAGAAGUGAUCUUGCAGAGAUAAAGAAAACAGUUGACCCUAAGAGGAACUUGAGGAAGAGGUCUCAGGUUGGUAGCUUGAAUCACGAUCCUAAGAUGAGUGGGAAUAAAUGUAAAAUCCAGCGAGCAGAUGGCUCAGGUAUAACCUCCACUAAGGAUUUGACAGACAAGACUCCAUCCACAGAAAGAGUGAGGGAACCUCUGCCUUGCCUUGGCAGAAAAGAGCUUAUUAACCUAGCACAGGAUGUGAUUCUUAGUCCAAACAAUGAGUUACAAAAGUCUCCUGCUUCCAAAAGGAAAAGGAUUGCUGCUACUCCAGGCAAAACAGACAGCAAACUAAUCUAUACAACUCCAAUGUCUCUGAAUUUUACCGGUGGAGCAGUUUCUAGUGCCUUUUUACUAAAAACCAAAGGGGACGGAAAACAAAAGAGAGAAGGUCCAUGUGCUGGAACCAAGGGAUUCCGUGCUCCAGAGGUGUUGUUCAGAUCUCUGCAUCAAGGCCCUAGGGUCGAUGUCUGGUCAGCUGGAGUUACCCUGCUCUACCUGAUGAUAGGAAGAACUCCUUUUACUGGAGACCCUGAACAUGACAGGAAUAUAAAAGAUAUUGCGAAGCUAAAGGGCAGUGAAGACUUAUGGGAAGUGGCCAAGCUACAUGACCGUGAAUCGUCAUUUCCAGUGGAGUUAUUCGAUGUCAAAUCCUUGCCAUCAUUGAAAUUACAGAGCUGGUGCAAGGCUCACACAAGGAGACCUGAGUUUUGCAAUCUCAUUCCGGGAUCAUUAUUCAAUCUUUUAGAUAAAUGCUUGACAGUAAAUCCAAGGCUGCGAAUCACUGCAGAGGAAGCUCUUAGUCAUGAAUUCUUUGCCCCAUGCCAUGAGAGCUUGAGGAAGCACAGGAUGUCCAGGCGGGACGGUAUGGGCGCUCAGAAUGAUAUUGUAUAAAGUCUAGAUUAACAUGAACCUAAGAUUAAGAUUUACUUGACUCGGACGCAGAAACCCCCCAACUUUUUGGCCCAAAACAUCCUAGUUUUUUUUUUUUACGGGUAAAUUAACCAAUAUGAUGGAAGUGAAAAGAAAAUCCAUCUCUAUUGUAAACUUUGAAAAGUAAUUGAUAUGUGGGAAGCCCUCACUUGUUGCUGCUUAGGAGGAACAUGUCACAGUCCCUGCUGAAGCGGGCACUGGACCGAGCUGUAGCGAGACGAGGAGACAAUCAGUGAAGGCUUCCGUCAGAAGCUGCAACGGAGUAGUGAGGUAUUGGUGAGGUAUUAUGAAAUAAUACCGAACACCACAAAACAACUGUUCCGCUUUAGGUUAGUUUAGGCUGUGCAAGAGUAAACGAACCUAAUCCGAGUCUUCUAGCCGAUAGGGCGAUGCAUGCUACAAUUCUUGGCGCCAUUUCUUCUUUUCGUCUUUGCUUUAGGUUUUUGAG